GAACAUGUGUCACGUUUGCAAACGGUUUGGCGACGGCGUCCGAUUGAAGAGAUGCGAUGGCUGCUGGAUGAUCGCCUAUUGUGGUCCUGAACAUCAGAAGCAGCACUGGAAGCAGCACAAACCUUUGUGCAAAGCCAUACGGAACGUGCUGCGAAACUACAGCAUGGAUUAUCGCAAUCAAACUACGGAGGAAUGGGCCGACAAGAAGCUGACCUUCAUGCAGCUAGUGUCGUCCAGGCUAGGACGUGACCUGAACAUGAGUGAGAUGGAUAUGUUCCUUUUUCCAAACGAGUGCCUAAUUUGCCACGAAUGGAAGUCGUUGAAGAGUUGUAAGAAGUGUGCUGCCAGCUUUUGUCAAAUUCACAAAAACCACAUUGACCACUGGGACAUCUGCGCUCCUCUGGAACUAUGUCUUCGUAUAAAAUUAUUUUUUUCUAUAGAAGAAGGAUACUGCAAAUUUCCGAAUAGUGUCUUGCACAGUCCCUCCACGACUAUUGCAGUUCACAACAUGAGAGACUUUAUAAAGGCUUUUGUGUAUAUUCAGGCUGACUCGGAGAUGGAGUACAAUAUCUGGGCAGCCUAUUCCUCAGAAUAUCUGACGCGUCCCUUGACGCUGUUUUAUGCUGUGGGAUUGUUAAACUAUGUUCUAAAAGGCACAUUUCUAAUCAUUCAUAUUGUAGGUGCAAAUUACCUCGAAGAAACCACCUUAUGGACGUGGGAAAUUUUCCUGCAGUUAAUGGAGCCCGUGACAUCAAUAAUGAUUGUAAUGAUAGGGCCGGAAUUAAAAGAUAAAUUGGAUCCGUCACGCACUGAUGAUAACUUUUUUUUGGGGAACAAAAGUUUGUUUGUUGAGUACCACGAUGUGUCAUACGAGGACUAUGUGGACAGUUCGACAUUCACAAAACCGGACUUGAUUGUAGGAUUUCACUUAAGUAUUGAGGAACAUAAUAAUAAAGAAAUAUGGGCGCCAUCCAUACGUGCGUUAGCGAAACAGAAUUGUCCGUUUAUCUUAACGUUUUCUAAGCAACGGGAACUUGAGAAGGGGAUGAACAAAAUGAACACAAUCCUGGGUAAGGAGUUAGAUUAUUACUGUAGCGGAAAGAACCCAUUCGCCAGUUGCAAACCGCAUAGAGACUUUGGGUCAGAGCGCGUGUGUUAUCAUAAUCAGUAUAUGAUUAUCUACCAAAGUCUUUGUUAAGUCGUAACUGAUACGCGUAAUUUAAACUACCCAUACGAACUGAAGGCUGUGUUUUUUGCCGAAAAAAACGUUGCGUGUGCGAAAUGAAAGAAUACGAGUUAAAUGGAAUUUUACGUUUAAGAAAUGCAACGAAAGGGACGCAGAGAUAACUGUAUGAACUACAACUGCGAAUCGCGACGCGUUAUUACGAAAUAAACUGCAAAAAACUGAAAUCCGACACUCCGGAGUGUCUGAUUAUAUUUAUAAUCCAAGAAGCCAUUAUUUACUUGUUGAGUCGAUUAUCUUAUAUCAGUCGGGCAUAAAUGGAAUAUAAAUAUAACAGUAGUGGAUGCGGUAACGUAAAAUAUUAUUACAAUGGCUUUUAGUUCUGUUUGUAAUGAAGACAAAACUUUUCGAUAAUUUUUAUAAUAAUAUUUAUAUCUUUGUA